ACGCAGCUGCAGCUACAACAACGCACUGCCUUGUUGAUAGCGAAUAGCAACAACAAACAACAGCUACAGCAGCAACAGCGUCACAACAACAACAAUAAUAUGACAACAACAGUCAAUUAUAAUCAGCACUGGAUGCAGCAGCAACAGCAACAGCAACAGCAGCCGCAGCAACAGCAACAAUACAUGCAACAAACUUACAUCAACUACACGCAACAACAACAACAACAACUAGCGCCUGCAACAACAGCGGCUGUCAGCAGCUGCUACUAUGCCACGCUGCAGCAGCAACAGCAGCGGCAGCAACAUCCGCAAUCGCAGCAGCAGCAACAAUUUCUGGCGCCCGCGCAACGGCACAUGCAACAAACGCAACAGGCGCUGCCACAAGACGCGCAACAGAUGCUGCGCGCGCAGUUCACUGCCGCAGCAACAGUGGGCGGCGUGGGAGGUGGCGGGCGCGUGGAACAGCAGCAGCAACAGCAACAGCAGACCCAACAACAGCAACAAUGCCAUGUAAGUAAAUCCAAGGGUUACUGCAAAUCAAUUACUGCAAAUGCUUCGUGUCACAUGGCCCAGUUCCAGCUCCAAUUACAGUCGCCAUCGCUAAGUCCCUCUGCCCCCUGAUAUCUCACUCCUCCCCUUUGUUGUAAGUGCCUUUGAUACUCUCAGCGUAAACAAGGUCAGUGCGGACUUUUCUAUACCCCGUGUACAAAUUGAUGAGGGGUAUGUAUGGGUGUGUACACCGUCUGUUAUACAGCUAAAACUGCUCAAGCUGUUAUACACGAAGUCGUAAAGUCAUUAUACAGUCUUUAGCGUUA